UACAAAAAUAGCUCUCCAGAAGUAAGGACUAUAUAAAGACAUCGCCUUUAGCUGUAUGACCGACUGACCAUUAACACUUCGCUUAUAUUGUAAAAGUUAUAAAGUGCGUCUAAACUUCAUACAUGGGUUAUUAAAGAGGAUAAUACAGAAAUGCGAUGCGUUUCUUUGGAUCUCAUCAGCAAGGUCGAGAGAGGGACCAUGACGCCUGGGGAACCCAUGACCCCUUUAUCUAUGGUCCAGGAAUGGGCCCCGAAGAGGAAUCUCUGUUGAUUUUGCAAAGCCACCAAAGCCAGUGACUCGUCUGGGCGCAUCUAAAGAGGCAGAUCAUGUACUGAACAGAUUUUCAUCCUGCAAAACAGCUUCGAGCAAAGCCUAGACGUUUCCCUUUCAUAUCUUUCGAUCUAUAGGGAAGUUGAUGACAAGGACACAUUUUUCUAAGACCAACGGUUUAAAGAGCAGAGUGUCAUGUGGCCAGCACAACGACCAACCGCCCUUACUUUCCCCAACUAAAGUCAGGUACCCGUUAGAGUUGGAUGGACUCCUGGACGACUUAAGAUUCCUGGAAUACAAAAUCCCAAUCUUCACGGAGAUUUGAACCCAGGACCCCAGGAUCGGAAGCCAAUCGCUUAACCACUCAGCCAACGCGCCCCUGGAAUACAAAACAAGGCUGAUGAUUAGUUUUUUUUUAUCUUAAAAAAACAACUUUUGACUGCGUCAAUCAAGAAACGCUCUAGAAACUUGCAAGCGAGAAACAAUUUGUGCAGUUAUGGGUACAUUUCUACAGCAAAUCAGGCUGUCCUUUUAAAAACAUCCGACAAUUAAACGGAGCUUUUCAAUACUAAAACGUGCGUGAAUCGAGGGUGUAUCUCAUUCCCAUUUCUGCUGUCUAUCAACUAUGCAUAAAACAAAAUAAUCAGGCUGCUAUUGGUAUCCCAAGCAUGAACUAAACCAACUGACAGACAUCUUUUUUCGUAGACGUAACAGUAUUUCUCGGUAAUACAAUCAACUAUUUUUUUAAAUUUAUACAAGAGAUGUCGGAGGGCCAGGAUAGAGGCGCAAUCAAAUGUAUGUAUAUUGGCUGCAACUCCAUCCAGUACUGCUGUCAGCAUUAGUCAUACAGAUCUCAAACACAUAGAGAGUUCACCUAUUUAGGCAGCGCUAUCUCAAACAAUGCAGUAGCACAUCGUUACGUGUCGGAUAGGGAAAGCAGAAAGCAAAAAGAACUUAUAAUGUUGCUUUUAAAUGUAUGUGUCAGUCUGACACUGAUAGGACUAGCCAAUGCCCUUUGCGCAGAAACAUCCUGGUGGCACAGCUUUGAUUCCGCUGGUCAGUCUAAAUGCGAUGAGGCUAACUACUACAUAAAAGGUCUAAAAAGAAAUGACCUCCUCAACGAUGACCAAAUCUUUCUUUUGGAAGGAGUACUGUGCUGCAGCGCACCGUCUCAGUGGUCAAACAGUGAACUUCAAGUUGUCUACGCUGACUGGACACGUAAGUGGGAUCGGUCAGAAGAAUGGGCUUAUUGCCCACAGGGAUUCUUUCUUCAGGGUAUGCAGCGUUCCACGACAGGAUGGCCCUGGUAUGCAGGCUACUUACAGAACAUUGAAAAUGGAAGGUGUGCUAAACCAGCCAAUCAUCCUUUCUACUAUGGUCAUUGUUAUGUUGAGAUCAUUGAGUUUAAUUCGAAUGGUAUGUUUUCUUGCCAAGAUGAUUACUAUAUCACUGGCCUUUACAAAAGCGACUGCGGCUACUUACAUUGUAUAGAUAAACUGUAUUGUUGUAAAAUGGCAGCUGGGCCGGAAGUAAUAGAUAAUGCAGACAAAGUAAAAACGAAGAUUAUGGAAACUACUUUGUUCAACUUGGCUAACCUGGCGGACAAAUUGGGCUACGGCUGGUGCUAUGGUACCAAAGGCGUCAACGUAGGAGAAGAUUUUUACAGAAGCGGAGACUCCUGGAUUGCUGACAGGAGGCUAUUUUGGCCAAACAGAUGGUGUGAUGGUUACAUGUGUAAUGAACGACUGGCCAUUGAUUACACGGGCUGGACACUAGCCGUGAAGGAAAUUAUAUACGGAGAAAGUGUUAUUGAUGAAUUGCAACCCGAAACUGUACACACCGGUGUACGGUAUAAUCAUCUGAAUGAAAGCUCUUCCGCGACAUUUGAAUAUUCAAGAGACGUUACGGAAACAGUUGAACAUUCAACCGCCAGCAGCUGGAGCAUCAGCGUCGGAAUGUCAUUUUCACUGGAAUUUCAGAUAAAUAAAUUAACCCAAGCAUCGGGGACCUUUAGAACAGCUUUUGAAUACUCGAGAUCGUCAACAAACACAAAUAGCCAAAUGAGGACAGACACACUCAGGACAUCUUCUACCCAAACCAUUCCUCCACGUUCAGCUGCGAGGUAUUCAGUCAUGGUUGGUAAGACCAGGACAACUAUCCCAUAUACGGCUGUCAUCAUUGCAAAGUUCAAUGUAAGGUUUAGAGGAUUCCUCAGAUGGGGAGGAGGAUUUAGUGGCUCGACGAAAAAUUAUCAUUACCAGCAUAAAGGAAGCGGAGACAGGCCGAGCGUGCCUUACACUUUUGGAGAUCAGUCCCAGCCAUUCUACACAGCUCUUAAACGAGAAAGCGAAUCCCAGGCUAGGCCUUGGUUGUGGAAUGAGAUGACAAAUAGGUACCCUUCUGUACGUCACGAGAUUAGCAGGCUUACGGACGAGAGCCAGUAUCAAUUCACUCUGAAUGGGAAACUGGAACAUGUCGCUGGGACCAAGAUUGAUGUGAUCUGGGAGAACGCGAGAUUGAAUCGCCGGUCUGUUCCUGACGAAAGCGAACCCAGCACGCCCUACUUUGAUAACAGCACUUUCUUUGCUAAAGUUGGCCCAAAUGACAAGCCAGUAGAUGUCAAGUACCCUGAGGUCGUUUUAGUCAAUGCAGAGCCAUUUAUACCAGAGACUUUUCCAGUGAAACCUGAGUCUAAUUAGCUUAACGUAUGGGCGUUGGCCUCUUGAUUUCUUUUCAGUCUGAUUUCCACUCUUUCUCUCCGUACUUAUUUUUCCACGUUUUGAAGGAAUUCUUCAUUUGCUCAUUACUAUUUCACUUCCCUGUUAUGAUUGAGCUUCAAAUGUUUUGUUGUUUGUUAUCAGAAAAUGUUGUAUUUGGUAAAGAAUGAAAGGAAAAUGCAAGCUCUUUUUAUAUAAUUCGAAGUCAAGUUUAAAAAGUUAAACAUUAAUUUAAUUUAAUGAGGUCAAAAUCAACGAUGGUAUCGUCGAUUAGGAAAGAAAGAGUUAAAGUUUUGUUUUUGUAUUUUCUCCCAACUUAAACUAAUGUUGUGAUUUAUAAACAUCUAAUAAGUAAAUAGUAAAUGCAACAUUGGUGAUUUUAAUAACAAAUGCACUAAACAUGCUACUUAAAGAUAUUACGCUUUUAAUUAAUUAAAUCUGUUACAUUUCCUUCAUUUCUUUAUUGGUAUAAUUCUAUGCAUUUGAAUUAAAAUUCAUUUACCUAUUAAAAAAAAAUAAAAAAAAUGAAAGAAAAAAAUAUAUUUUUAAAAAUAUUUCUAACGGUAUAUGAGCAUUAAUAGCAUGCUUAAAGUAAAAUAUGUGGAUGCUUAAAGUAAAAUAUGUGGAUGCUUAAAGUAAAAUAUGUGGAUGCUUAAAGUAAAAUAUGUGGAUGCUUCAAGUAAAAUAUGUGGAUGCUUCAAGUAAAAUAUGUGGAUGCUUCAAGUAAAAUAUGUGGAUGCUUAAAGUAAAAUAUGUGGAUGCUUCAAAUAAAAUAUGUGGAUGCUUCAAGUAAAAUAUGUGGAUGCUUCAAGUAAAAUAUGUGGAUGAUUAAAGUAAAAUAUGUGGAUGCUUAAAGUAAAAUAUGUGGAUGCUUAAAGUAAAAUAUGUGGAUGCUUAAAGUAAAAUAUGUGGAUGCUUCAAGUAAAAUAUGUGGAUGCUUCAAGUAAAAUAUGUGGAUGCUUCAAGUAAAAUAUGUGGAUGCUUCAAGUAAAAUAUGUGGAUGCUUCAAGUAAAAUAUGUGGAUGCUUCAAGUAAAAUAUGUGGAUGCUUCAAGUAAAAUAUGUGGAUGAUUAAAGUAAAAUAUGUGGAUGCUUAAAGUAAAAUAUGUGGAUGCUUAAAGUAAAACAUGUGGAUGCUUAAAGUAAAAUAUGUGGAUGCUUAAAGUAAAAUAUGUGGAUGCUUAAAGUAAAACAUGUGGAUGCUUAAAGUAAAACAUGUGGAUGCUUAAAGUAAAAAAUGUGGAUGCUUAAAGUAAAACAUGUGGAUGCUUAAAGUAAACAUGUGGAUGCUUAAAGUAAAACAUGUGGAUGCUUAAAGUAAAACAUGUGGAUGCUUAAAGUAAAACAUGUUGAUGCUUAAAGUAAAAUAUGUGGAUGCUUAAAGUAAAACAUGUGGAUGCUUAAAGUAAAAUAUGUGGAUGCUUAAAGUAAAAUAUGUGGAUGCUUAAAGUAAAACAUGUGGAUGCUUAAAGUAAAACAUGUGGAUGCUUAAAGUAAAAUAUGUGGAUGUUUAAAGUAAAAUAUGUGGAUGCUUAAAGUAAAACAUGAGGAUGCUUAAAGUAAAAUAUGUGGAUGCUUAAAGUAAAAUAUGUGGAUGCUUAAAGUAAAACUUGUGGAUGCUUAAAGUAAAAUAGGGUAUCUAAAAAAAAAGAAAGUUUUUUUUUUUUGUGUCAAAACUAUUUUAAUGUUUUAAUUUCUAUGUUACGCCUUGUAAAAUUGUGUAUUCAAGAUUAUUGUAUCGAAAUAUAAUCAUUUUUAGCCUUAAUAUACGAGUGAAGCGCAUGUGUCAACGACAAUGGUGUUUUUACAAGAGAUUGAAUUUGGGUUAUUACAGACGCCCAACCUGUGACCGCACCUGUGUAUCUAAGAUAGGCCUUUUUUAGUCACACAAGAAGUUGCAAAGGGAAAAGAUCUUCUCUUGAGACGAACAAUGCCACACAGAGAGAAUGGACCUCCUUCACCAGUCGUAAAUGAACACAUUUGGCCACGUCAUAAUAUUGAUAAAACAAUUUUAAAAAUAUGUAUCACGUGACAGCCACUAUGGAUUAUAUAAUUUGUAUAGAAGAUAUAUAGAAUCACGUGACUAAAUUUUUUUUUUUUACGAUUGGUGAAUGAGGUCAACUGGGUUGAUAUCUAAAUGACUUUGUGUAGGAGUAAACUGUUUUAUUAGACUGCUUUUAAAACAAUCAAGCUUAAUUUUUUCUAGAAUUAUACAUCAAACACUGAACCAUUACCUUCAUACACAAAGAUAAAGGCAUUUAUCUCGUUCCAUAUGCUAGGACACAUUUUGUGCAAAUGCUCCUUCUUUUAUUAUUAGCGUGGGAAGCGUGGUCGAGAGGCCAAGUGCGCUUGGCUUGGCUACCUAGAAGGGGGCUCGAGGUUCGACACCCGACUCGGGCAGAGUUGUGUUUACUGAGCGCCUAAAGGCAGCACGGAAAACCAACUCCUAGUUACCCCCUCCACCCCACUGGUCCACAAAUGAGAUUGGACCAACAGCGUUCUGAGCAUGCUAUAAGCAUGAAAGUAGCGCUGUAUAAAAGCUUUAAUAAUAAUAAUAAUAAUAAAAUAUUAGAGCAUGGAAUGGGUUCCCUGAGCCAGCCAAGAAAACCUAUGACUUGAAAGAAUUUAUGUCAUUGGUUAACAAGCAUAAAUUGUUGCAGGACGUAAUCGUUUUCUUUUUUCAUGUAACGUCUGUAUUUUAUAAGAUAAGAUAAGAUUUCAAACAGCCGACUUGUAAGUAACUAAGGAAAACAAAACUUUUUGAGAAAUCUGUCGAAUUACUUCCAGAGUGAAAUCAAACAAAGCCAAUUGUAUGUCCUUAAGAUUCUUCUUUUGUAAUGGAGUUCAAUCAUAGACAUAUAUAAAUAUAGACUGGCCGAAGGAAGUUACUUCAUGUAACUUGAAAACAUGUACAUCUAUUGUAUUCGGAUUUCCGAAUUAUGAAAAAUUGCAUGAUCUUCAUUCUUAGAGAUUAAACAAAACUACACUGCCUCCUUAUUUACAAUAUAUAUAUAUAUAUAGGUGUGUGGCUGAAAUAGAUAUGAAUACUUAACUUUUAUACUGCUCAUAAAUGCUGUAUAAUAAAGUACACAAAAUUGCAAGUCACAAAUUUUCGUUUCAUAAAACUCUUUAAUCGGCCAGUCUAUAUUUAUUUAUGACUAUGAGAUCAGUUUAUUAUAACUUUUUUUAAAAAUCUCACUUUUAUAGUCUUGUAUAUUUAUAGUCACGUGUGCUCUUAGAACUUUUAUAAAACAGAAGCACUUUUUUUUUCUCUAAUAAACAAUCGGUGGUAUCGCAGACGUACUGUAAGGCCCAAAUGCCUAGAAAUGAAUUGCUUUUUUUUUCUAUUUAACUUGUGUGUAAUUUAAAAUUUAGAAAUGAGGUCAUUUAGUAAUUAAAUAGCCAAUUUAUUUCGAAAAAAAAAAUAUUUUGAAAAGAUGUUUGAAUUUUUUUUUUUUUUUAUUUAUUAGUAUUAUUUUUUUUUAGGUUGUUAUUCUUGAAAACUAGGCAAAAAACAUGUUAACAAACGAAUUAAAUUGGAUGCAG